AUCUGGUGUAAGGAGUUUUUAUAAAAUGACACCUGAUCAUCACGAAGCGGUUAAAAAUUUUUUUGAAAUUAUUGAAAAGCAUUCGACAACUAUCGCAAAUGGAUUUUUCUUAAGCAUUUGCGACAAACAUCAAGAAUUCAACAAAUAUUUCAGCAAAGGAUCGCGUCUUUCACUAAAUAUCGAUGCACGUAUGACGGCGAAAUUUACCCUCAUUUAGGAAACUAUAGGUUACAUUAUUUUAGAUUGUUAUGAUAAACCGAAACAAUAGGAUAAAUUAACGGGUUAUUCUGCAAUGAUACAUAAGGAUAUGCGACUCAACUUGCAUGAUUUUUUGAAUUUCACAUAUAUCGUGGAAUAGUUGUUUACAAUGUUUUUUGUGGAGAUGACAUUAGAAUGCCAAGAAGAAUUGAAAAAGUACUUCAGGAGCAUUUCUCACGACAUCGUUUAAAAAAUAGAAGAUUUUCACAGAUACGAGAUUUUGGGUUUGUACGAACCUGAAUAAUUUAUGACAUGUUUCCUCAGCACAGUCAUGCAGCCCGUGUUCGCCUUUUAUUAUCAGCAAAAUGAUUUUUGGUUAACCAUUGUUGUAUUGGAAAGACAGAAAAAAAAGAUGGAAAAAAAGAUUCAGCGGCUGGGAUAAUGAAAAAAUUACUGAAAAAAUGUAAUGCCUCCAACAGAAGACGAGGAGGAGUCCACUGCGUACAAGUCUAAAACUGAGGACGAAUUAUCGGAAUGAACAGUGCAACGAUCUAUCUCAUUUGAUAGACAAGGACUACGUCGUAGAACGCAAAUGCUGACUACUGAUACUGAAGAAAGAAAAACUGACGUAAGUUCCUAUUCCGAUAUGUUUAUAGUUUCGUUAACUCAAGAACCACGACGUCAAGUCGGAAGUUUAAAAAAGCCUGGUUCACAACACGAAAAAGUGUACGUUCCAAAGCACCUAACUGUGAAUACUGAUAUGAAAAUAGAUAUCACAGAACAAAAUUCGGAUGAAUUGAGAAAGAAGGUAACUUCCAAUUCAUAUUCACCUCGCCAGAGAUUUCGUUCUCGCAGCACAUCCAAUAGAACUUCCGAAAUUCCAAAAACCGAAGUUCCUAAAACUCAGGGUGUACAACGAAUGUCUGCUGAAAGAAAUCCCGAAAUUAACAAAUUAAAUAAAAGAGCAACUACAUUAGCUCGUCAACGGCGCCAAAUGAGCAGUUUAAACCGAUAAGUUGUAAACAAAUGUACCAAAUUUAUUGGAUUUAUAAAACAGGUGAGGUAUAAAGGAAAUUACGGAACCGUUGAAAGAAACUUUAAUUU